UACAACUCCCAGUUUCACCAGCUACGCGUACCAUCUCCAGACAUCAUGGUCUACACAGCCUCCACCGCCUUUUUUGAGGCCAUAACUGCAGCCGGAGUGUCCCAUGUCUUCGUGAACCUCGGGUCGGAUCAUCCUAGCAUUAUGGAAGCUAUUGUCUCCGGACAAAAUCGAAGGAAAGAAGGGAAAGCUGGGUUUCCAGAGAUUAUCACGUGCCCGAAUGAGAUGGUAGCUCUCUCCCUAGCUGAUGGCUACGCCCGCCUAACCUCACGUCCCCAAUGCGUAAUCGUUCACGUCGAUGUCGGGACCCAAGGUCUCGGCGCCGCAAUCCACAACGCCUCCUGUGGCCGCGCACCAGUUCUGAUCUUCGCGGGUCUCUCCCCCUUUACCCUCGAAGGCGAAAUGCGCGGAUCUCGUUCCGAAUACAUCCACUGGAUUCAGGAUGUGCCAGACCAGAAACAGAUUGUAUCACAGUACUGCCGGUACGCGGGUGAGAUCAAGACUGGAAAGAAUGUGAAGCAGAUGGUGGAGAGGGCGCUGUCGUUUGCUAUGAGUGAUCCUAAGGGACCAGUGUACUUGUGUGGGGCUAGGGAGGUGAUGGAGGAGGAUUUAACGCCGUAUGAAUUGGAGAGGGAGUAUUGGAGUCCCGUCGAGCCGGCGGCGUUGCCCGGGAAAGGGGUGAGGGCGAUUGCUGAUGCCUUGGUGAAGGCGCAGGAGCCGCUUGUUGUGGUUGGGUUUACGGGGCGGAAUCACGCUGCGGUGCAAGAGCUGGUUGAUCUGGCAGAUCAUGUCAAGGGGUUGCGGGUUCUGGAUACUGGAGGCAGUGAUAUGUGUUUUCCGGCGAACCACCCCGCUUGGCUGGGCCUUCGGUACAGCGGUGAACCCAGAAUCAAGACAGCCGAUGUGAUUCUUGUCAUUGAUUGCGACGUUCCCUGGAUCAAUACCCAGGCGCAUCCUAAGCCUGGCGCAAAGGUCUUCCACAUCGAUGUUGACCCUCUGAAGCAGCAGAUGCCUGUCUUCUACAUCAAGGCACUCCAACGCUACCGCGCAGAUGCAUACACAGCCUUAGCACAACUCAACGAAUGCUUGUCUGCAAAUUUCAAGGACCAACUCUCAAGCAACCUAUUCACAGACCGCUGGACAGCUCUCCAAGAAUCUCACAAGCAAAAACUCGAAACCAUCGCCGCAGAAGCGAAAGUCGACGAAAACGGCCACUUCGCGACACCGUACCUAGCCCAGCAGCUGAAGAAACUGUGUCCGAACGAUACUAUCUGGGCAAUAGAAGCAGUGACUCAAACGCCAUUCAUAGCCGACCAACUUCAGGUGACACAACCCGGGUCGUGGAUCAACUGCGGUGGCGGCGGUCUCGGAUGGUCCGGCGGAGGUGCUCUCGGUAUCAAGCUCGCGACCGACUACGAAGGCAAGAAACGCUUCGUAUGCCAAAUCGUAGGCGACGGAACCUACCUCUUCAGCGUUCCCGGGUCAGUGUACUGGAUCUCGAAACGUUACAAUAUCCCAGUACUCACUAUCGUGCUAAACAACAAGGGGUGGAAUGCGCCACGCAAGAGCAUGAUGCUUGUCCAUCCUGAUGGCGAAGGCUCAAAGGUGUCGAACAAGGAACUUAACAUUUCGUUUGAGCCCACGCCGGAUUACUCGGGAAUUGCAAAGGCUGCGGCUGGUGGGGAGAUCUGGGGCGCGCACGCGAGCACCGCGGAAGAGUUGGGUAGACUGUUGCCGGAAGCUAUCAAGAGUGUGUUGAACGGAAUCACGGCGGUACUAGAUGCGCAUCUCGAAGGACCAGAGGGAAAAUACGGAGGUGGGAAAGCCGCGCUUAUAGGAUGA